UAAUUCAAGGCAGAGGGCCCGCCCUCAAAACCACGGGGGAUCAGGAAAAAGAUAUUGCACAUUUACUGGCGAUGGAAGAGGAAGUCUGAGAGUCCGGGAAAUGGGGACAGAAUUCUGAUCGCCAGCUGUGUUUCGAACGGGAUCGGGGAAGGUUGAGAACCAGGAAGCGGUAGUUUCCGGGUUUGAGCAGUGAUUCUGGACGGAAGGUGCCGGAUACAGAUACGGGCAGUCCUAAGUAAAGCAGUAUGGAGCCGGAGCAGAUACGGUGUAACGUGCAGUGUUACGGUCGAGGAGAGGUCCAUGAGAAGAUUGUGAAGGAACUGGACAUCUCCAAGUGCAAAGAGCCAGGCAUCCUCUGUGUCCUGUUUGUCUACAAGGAGUCUGAUGAGAGUGAGGACAUCGAACGGGCUGUACAGUGGGUCACAGGAGAGGGGAGAGCACGGCAGGAAGACAUUUGUGCCGUGAUUCUGUUGGUCAGCUUCAGAGAUGUGGCAGAGGAGAUGAAGAGAACAGAUCCAGAGUCAUUUCCUGAAGGAACAGAACUUAUGGUCGUGACUAAUCCAGGAUCAGUCAAGAAUCCACAGGAUGGUGUGAGCCCAUCAGUGCCGAGCGAGGGUACUUCAGACUUGAACCGAGGGGGAGGAAGCUCGGAGAGGCUUCGGUGUAACGUGCAGUGUUACGGUCGAGGAGAUGUCCACGAGAAGAUUGUGAAUGAGCUGCACAUUUUCCCGUGUGAAGAGCCAGUUCCCUGUGUUCUGUUUGUCUACAAAGUGUCUCGUGAAAUUCAGGAUUUUCAAAAUGCCCUCCAGUGGGUCACAGAGAGCCAAAGCGUGAAAAGUGAAGACAUCUGUGCUGUGGUCCUUCUGGAACUGAGUUUGGAUAAAUGGAAUAAGCCAGUGGAAGUUGCUCACCAAGGAGUGUUCGAUGAUAAUACUGUGGUUGUGCGAAUUAACGGCAUUCAGGAGGGUCCCAAAAAUAGGGAGGCGAAGGAAAGAAUUAAACAGAGUAUCAUGGAUUGUCAGAAGAAACAAAGGGUGAAAAAGGACAACUGGAUUGUGAUCCUGUCAGAAAAAUCUUUGGAUGAAGUGCGUAAGCCAGUGGAAGUUGCUCACCAGGGAAUGUUUGAUGCCAACACCGUGAAUGUGCGAAUUCUCUACAAUUCACCUGAUGAGAUUCAGGAGGUUCCCAGCAACGUGGAAGCGAUGAACAAAGUCAGACAGAGCAUCAGGAAGUGUCAUGUAGGGAUCCGUGCACAAUUCUGAUUUGAUGGAGACAGAUGUGAGAGCGUGGAGGAACAUCUGGAGAAACUUAUGAAAUGCUCGCUUCGCUGCCGCCGCUACAGUGCGGUCCGGAAUCUCCGGAGGAGACGGCCUCUGAGACCUCGGCUUUGCUUGUUUCGGCGGCCGGGACGAGGUCGAAGGCGCUCGGGAGGCUGCAUCGGAGGCUCGAAGUUUUCAGACAGACUCAGGGUCUGCUGUCGUCGGGUGUUUCCAAUGCAUCAGUUGAGAGUGCCUGGAAGUUUCCGGCAGGGAGAGUUUCUCCCUUUUGCUGCCUGAUAUCGGGACUAUUGGAGUCGAUCGGGACUUCAGACUUUUUUUAAACUGUGCCCAUGGUCUGCUUUCAUCAAAAUAUGGUAUUGCUUUGCACUGCUGUAACUAUAUGCUAUAAUUAUGUCGUUUGUCAGUGUGAGUCUUUGGUUUGUCCUGUUUUUUAUUUUGUGAUGUCACUCUGGAGGAACAUUGUAUCAUUUCUUAAUGCAUGCAUGCAUUUCUAAAAGACAAUAAACAAGGACUGAGUGUCCUCAUAAUCUAA